AUACAUGUUUAUGUUGACUAAGCAUUGUGACUAAAAUAACUAUAUAAAUAUAACAACUACUAAAAGAAUUGGGUUAUGUAAUACCAGAAAAGUAAAUACGACCCUUGGCACGUGGUCCUCUAGGGGAUGAUAGCCAAAAGAAAAAAGUAGUGAGUGAUGUGAGUGAAACAGCAUGACAUAAAUUGUGUUAUGUAUUGACUGACGGGCCUCUGAUAGGAAACGAUUUUAAUUUUAACUUUUAUUUGUGUGAUAUAAUACAUAGGUACAAGAUAAUUAGAUUCUUAGAAAUAUGUUUUUUUUUUUCAAUAAAAAAAUUUUAUAACGGUAAUGGUUUAUCAUAUUCUUCAUUGUUUACAAUUGAGAUAUGAGUCCCAACCUUUAACCUUUAAUUAGUACUUAUUUAGUAUUAUAGAAAUUAUUGAGUUUAAAUAAUUAAAAAAAAUGAGUGUUGUCAGAACGUUAAGAUUAGUUGCUUUCCAAGCUAAUUCUGUUAGGCAAAUAUUGUUUUCUCCAAAGUAUUUGUUGUAUACAAAUAUUGGUAUUUCUGUUUCAUUAUCUGCUGUGGGAGAUACUUUAGAGCAACACUACGAAAUUUUAAAGGGUGAAUGGAAUGAGUGGUGUCCAAAAAGAACUACAAACAUGGCUAUAUCAGGAAUGUCAAUUGGAAUUUUUUGUCAUUAUUGGUAUCAAGUAUUAGACGCGAGACUCCCCGGAAAAACUAUUGGAACUGUAUUAAAAAAAGUUAUUGUUGACCAAAUUAUUUGUUCACCAUUCUAUAUAGGAAUAUUUUUUAUUACACUUGCUUUAUUAGAACGAAAAAAUUGGUCUGAAUUGAAAACUGAAGUUAAGGAUAAAGCUCAUAAGUUAUACUUAGCUGAAUGGAUUGUUUGGCCACCUGCUCAAAUUAUCAACUUUUAUUUUUUACCUACCAGAUUUCGAAUUCUUUAUGAUAAUACAAUUUCUUUAGGUUAUGAUGUAUAUACUAGUAAGGUUAAACACAAUCAUUAAAAAACAUAUGCUGGUCGUUCUAAUGAAUUAGAUGAAUGUAUAUUAAAUUGUAAACUAUAUUCAAAAGUUUUGAAUAAGACAAUUUCUUCUGCAAGCAAUAAAAAUAAGGGUUUACAAAUAUAGAUGAUUAAUCAAUGGCCUGUAAAUAUUUAUAAAUACAUCCCCAUCUUAUCAAUCGGUCUGUCUAGAUUUAACGAGCUAUUAACAAAGAUAACGUUUCAGUUCAACUAUGAAGUGCCUACAGUUUAUAAAAUUUAUAAAAAAAUUAUUAACUUGAA